UCGUGUCCGCCUGACUGACUCAAACGAUAAAAGUCGAACAAAAUCGCCAUCUGUUUGGAUCGACCCGUUGAAAUUGCUCUCACUGUCUGAACCAACUUGCCGGAUUUCCCCCGUUGCAGGGAAGAAGGAUAAUAAGGAACAGCAUCGGAGUAGUUCGGUCUGGAGUAGUUCGGUUUUGGUUGGGCUGCACAGUACAGCAACACAGACUGAAGAAAGGGAGGGAGAAAAAUCAACUGACCCAAAUUACUUUUUCAGACAACUGACAAAUAGCCUACGCGCAAAGAAGUCCUAACCUGCAGCUGGUGGCGCUUGCCGCCGUAGCGCCGGCCAUGCUCACGGUGUCUCUCCUAGACGCGCAACUCGCUCGGUGCUCCUCCGUGCGCCAUCUCCUCCAGAUUCACGGCCAGUUCAUCGCCUCCGGCCUCCUCGCCGAUGCCUUCGCCGCCAGCCGCCUCCUCCUCUUCACCUCCGCUACCCGCCUCCUCCCCUUCCCAAUCCACCAUUCGUUCCGCCUCCUCCGACUCGUCCGCUGCCCCAACGCCUUCUCCUGCAAUACGCUCCUCAAGGCGGCCCUGCUCGCCGGGAUGCCGCACCUCUGCCUACCACUCUACACCUCCCUGCCGGCGUCCCCCGACACCUACACCCACCCCAUCCUCGCCGCCGCCUGCGCCGCCAGGAGGGACGUAAGUGAAGGCAGGCAGGUGCAGUCACACGCUAUCAGGCACGGGUUUGGUGACGAUUUGUACCUCAGGAACGCCCUGAUGCAUAUGUACUCUGUUUGCGGCUGCCUCUGGGACGCACGCAGGGUGUUCGACGCAGGGCCUGUGUGGGACGCUGUUUCGUGGAACACCAUCCUGGCUGCGUACGUGCAUGCAGGGGACGUUGAUCAGGCGGUUGGGGUGUUUGCACGGAUGCCAAAGCGGAAUGCCACAGCGGUGAGCUCCAUGGUGUCAUUGUUUGGGAGGAGGGGUAUGGUGGAAGAGGCAAGAGGGGUGUUUGACGAGGCUGAGUGCAGGGAUAUUUUCACGUGGACUGCCAUGAUUUCAUGCUUUGAGCGGAACGACAUGUUUGCGGAGGCGUUGCACAUGUUCUCAUGCAUGCGUCGAGAGAUGUGGCCUGUGGAUGAGGCGCUGAUGGUCAGUGUAGUGGCCGCUUGUGCACAGUCGGAAGUGAUUCGAAAUGGGGAACUGUGCCAUGGACUGGUUAUCAGGGCUGGCCUUUGUUCACUGCUAAAUAUUCAGAAUGUUCUGAUCCACAUGUACUCAUGUUGCCUGGAUGUUGUUGCAGCACGGAGGUUGUUUGACAGCGGUGACUGCUUGGACCAGUUCUCCUGGAACUCGAUGAUAGCAGGCUAUCUAAAGAAUGGUCAUGUCGAAAAUGCAAUGACAUUGUUCAGUGCAAUGCCUGACAAGGACAAUGUUUCUUGGAGUACAAUGAUCUCUGGCUGUGUGCAGAAUAACCAAUCCUCACAUGCGCUCACUGUCUUUGAUAACAUGCGAGCCCAGGGAGUCAGGCCCGACGAGGUUACUAUUGUUAGUGUUAUAUCUGCAUGCACUAAUCUGUCUGCUUUGGAGAAAGGAAAGUCAGUGCAUGAUUACGUAAGGCAAAACAAAUGUUACAUCACUCUUGUACUUGGGACUAGCCUCAUUGACAUGUACAUGAAGUGUGGAUACUUGGAAGCUGCAAUGGACGUCUUCAACAUAAUGGAAGAAAAGGGAGCACCUUGCUGGAAUGCUGUCAUUGUAGGGUUGGCCAUGAACGGCCUUGUGACGAAAUCCCUUGAGAUUUUCUCAGAGAUGGAAGCAUCCAGCACUGCCAUCCCGAAUGAGAUAACUUUCACCGGAGUUUUGAGUGCUUGCAGACAUGCCGGCCUAGUUGAGGAGGGCCGCCACUUCUUCAAAUUGAUGCAACACAAGUACCAAAUUGUGCCAAACAUCAGACACUAUGGAUGCAUGGUUGAUCUUCUUGGACGUGCUGGAUAUGUUAAGGAGGCUGAGGAUCUGAUUGAGAGCAUGCCCAUGUCACCUGAUGUUCCAGCAUGGGGUGCAUUGCUUGGUGCCUGCUGGAAGCAUGGUGAAAAUGAGGUCGGAGAAAGGGUGGGCAGGAAGCUUGUCAAUCUGGAUCCUCGCCAUGACGGGUUUCAAACUAUGUUAUCUAACAUAUAUGCUAAAGAAGGGAUGUGGCAAUCAGUAAAUGACCUAAGGGACUCCAUGAAGCAACGACAUGUCCCAAAAGUUUCAGGAUAUAGUGUUGUUGAAAUGUCUCAUUCUUGAGGUUCUAGCAGUCGAUCGCACCUGAAAUGAAAAUCUUUAGAUAGGUCCAAGUUGAAGCCUUACAAGGUCAUGAACGGAUCUUUACUUCUGUGGUUUGUGUCCCUAUCAUCGUGUGUAUUUUGAUAAGCCUGUUUUUCACUUCGUGUUUCCUCUAUCUAUGUUUGCAGAUUUCAAAUAAAAUAUUCACAUGGCAUCAGCGACCAAAUUAUUGAUCUUUUGAACUUUUACCAGAGAUGGGAAUAGAAAAUAUGAAGUGACCAUUACAAUCGAGCAUAAUUUUUCUCCACUUUCAAGUCGCAGACUCCCAACUAAUUAAGGGAUAUCAAUAAAUGACUAAGUGACUGGUCUUUUUACUGUUGGGGCCUCCCCUACAGUUUUCUGGAGAAAAAGAAGACUGACUGAUCUGUUUUUAAACAAACUGAAAAUAUUGCUGGAUACCCACUGGACGUUUGCUAUAAGCCCCUCUGUGUCACCAUCUGGGAAGAGGGUAGCAGUGGCUUUGUUCGCAGGAUACAAAUGAGAUGGCAAAAUUAAGGACUUGCAGCCCAGCAUUUACGUGAUGAGCUUAGAGAGCAUAUAUCUGGAGAGCGAGCGGGUGAUCGAGAAUGCUGGCUGGCCAUCAUGGGGAAGUGAAACAGUAAUAUUUUCCACAGAAAGGUUGGGGAGAAUUGGGGUGUGUUUCGGUAGGACUUGAGCACCACGAGACCAUCCAGGUGACCCUGGAGGCAUUCGGUGUAGUGACUCCAGCAGCAGUUGAUGAGAUCAGAGUGACUGUUGGCAACCAUCCGCCGAAAGUUUGUGUUCACUGACGUCCAUGUUGAAGCGCAGUAGGAUCAAUGAGGUUUUUGACAUGAGUUCACCAUAAGAACCACUUCAACUUACUCGGUAUACCAAGCCAAAAGGUGACCAUUACAACCCCUUUGUAAUGGAUGGUGUCAACUGUCAAGUACAUUGGCUACCAUCGUUGCAAAACCAGUCAUCUCAACACUUAAGCAUAGAGAUGAUGUCCCGAGACACUUUGACAAGCUGCAGUCCCCACAUGAAGAUGUUGGUCUUUUUAGGGUUGCCCUGUGCAUUCCCAGCAUUUUCCGAAGAAGCUCUAAGCUUGCAUUUGUUGAUAACGAGCUUAAAGCCGCAUGGCUGGCCAAUAGCAAUGAAUUGUGUGUUGUCUUCGGAACGGGUGGCGCAGACGGGAUCUUCUCAUCAGUGUGGAAUCAAAAGAAGGAUAUAUUGGAUGUGUGUAAAAGCCAACGAAACUCUGGAGAUCUGUGCCAACCCCCACGUACCGGGUAGUGCACAGAAGACGACACGCAAUCCAUCGCUAUCAGCUAGCCACACGGCUUUGAAGCCACAACUGCUUAUACAAAGGGAAAAUUCGAUAAUGCUUUCCCAUCCACCAAUCCAGACGAGGCCGGAAGAACGCUGGUGAAGCGGAACGGAUAACAGAUGGCAAUUGGACUGCACACAGUGCCAAUGUUCUCCGAACAGAGACUGGAUGGUGUUCUCAUCAAACUGUGACAGGCCUGCGGAUGGGCCGGAGUGCGACUAUGGCCUAGACCUAUGGUACUUUGUUGUUUACUUAAUAAACACAAUCGACCGCGGAUGGGCCGGAGUGCGACUAUGGCCUAGACCUAUGGUACUUUGUUGUUUACUUAAUAAACACAAUCGACCGCGUUGUGGUGAGGUUAAUUAAUAACCUACAAGUAUACGAGAUCACAAUAGUUUUUAA